UUUGUAAGGAAAAAGAGGUUUAAUGGACUCAUGAUUCCACGUGGCUGGGAAGGCCUCGCAAUCAUGGUGGAGGGCGAAAGGCUCGUCUUGCAUGGCAGCAGACGAGAGAAUUUGUUCAGGGGAACUCCCCCCUUAUAAAACCAUCAAAUCUUGUGAGACUUAUUUACUAUCAUGAGAGCAGUAUGGGAAAGACCUGCCCCCAUGAUUUGAUUACCUCCCACCAGGUCCCUCCCAUGAUGUGGGAAUUGUGGGAGCUACAAUUCAAGAUGAGAUUUGGGUGGGGACACAGCCAAAUCAUAUCAUCUGGUAAGUGGUCAAGGCUUCCAAGGCAUUGAGGACAUAAGACAGACAUGGAGACAAAGAAAUAAUUGGUGGAAGAUGAUACUGAAGCCAGGUACAGUGGAUUGUGUCCCUGCAAAAUUCAUAUCCUUAAACGCUAAUUCCAGUGUGAUGGUAUUUGGAGGUUGGGCCUUUGGGAGAUAAUUAGGUCAUGAGGGUGAAGCCCUAAUGAAUGGGAUCAGUGAGUGCUCUUAAACAAAGAGGCCAGAGAGCUACUACCUAGUGCUCUUUCCACCAAGUGAGGAUAUACGAAAUCAGCAGUCUACAACCUGGAAAGAGCCCACACCAGAACCUGACCAUGCUGGCACUCUGAUCUCAGGCUUCCCGCCUGCAGAUCUCUGAGAAAUAAAUUUCUGUUGUUGAUAAGCCACCCAGUUUGUGGUAUUAUGCUAGCAGCCCAAACUGAUGAAAACACUAGGACUAGUGCUUAUUCACCAUGGUAAAACCUCACCAGGAAUUUGUUGUGACCCUUGAUGUGUCUGGGGAAGGUGUCAGUCAAGCAGUUGAAUAAGUUUAGUAGUACAAGUGUUCAUCUGUAUGAGUCAUUAGGUUGGAGGUAGAGAGCCACUGAGAGUCUGUGCCACCAAGGGCACUGAUUUUGAAAGAAGGUUAAGAGGUGAGAGGAAGGUUGUUGACUGAAGAGGGGACAUCAAGUGCAGCACAAGUGGAGGACGGUCAUCAGUGUCUGACAUCAGUGAUUCUUGGUGGCUGAGGUUGAAGCAAGGAACAGAGUCAGGAAGAUAGCCCUUCAGAGCAGGAUGGGGGCUGUCUAUGACAGUAGGAACCAUCAGAGGUCUGUGUAGCACUGAAUGCUGUCUCAAUUUGGUGGGCAGAAGGGUUGAGGUGGCUAUGGGAGUGAGACUGAGCGAGAAUGGUUCAAAGAAUGAUGUGCACAUGGAGAGGGAGUGUGAACUGAAGGACCCAGGCCCCUGGCAUUGAGGACUUAAGGGUGAAAGGUGAACCCACAUUUGAUUGUGUCUAGGAGGCACUAUCUGAAAGAUUCUUGGGGAACUGCCUGACAAGAAGGGAUACACCCCUACAUACUGGGCCCAAAGUUUCGAUGUGGUGCAUCCUGCCCACCUCCUGGUUGGUACUGUAGAAGGAUACAGUGAUCACUGGACCGUGAAGAGAGAGUGGACAUCUGUGUCACCAGGGGCUGUGUGACCUUUGAGGACAUCGCCAUUUACUUCUCACAGGAAGAGUGGGGACUUCUUGAUGAGGCUCAGAGACGCCUGUACCUUGAAGUGAUGCUGGAGAACUUUGCCCUUGUAGCCUCACUGGGUUGUGGCCAUGGAACAGAGGAUGAAGAGACACCUUCUGAGCAGAAUGUUUCUGUAAGAGUAUCACAGUCAAAGGCAGGUUCAUCCACACAGAAGACUCAAUCCUGUGAGAUGUGUGUCCCAGUCCUGAAAGAUAUUCUGCAUUUGGCUGAUCUCCCUGGGCAGAAACCAUACUUGGUUGGAGAAUGUACAAACCAUCACCAGCACCAGAAGCAUCACAGUGCAAAGAAAUCCUUGAAGAGGGACAUGGACAGAGCCUCAUAUGUGAAGCGCUGCCUAUUCCGUAUGUCAUUGAAGCCCUUUCGCAAAUGGGAGGUUGGAAAGGACCUCCCAGCCAUGUUGGGGCUUCUGAGGUCCCUGGUCUUUCCUGGAGGCAAGAAACCCAACACAAUUACUGAAUGUGGGGAGGACGUUUGCAGUCAAAAAAGUCAUUACAAGUCACGUGAAUGUGGGAAGGCUUCCAGGCACAAACACACUCCUGUUCAUCAUCCAAGAGUCUACACUGGAAAAAAGCUUUAUGAGUGUAGCAAAUGUGGGAAAGCCUUCCGGGGCAAGUACUCACUUGUUCAGCACCAGAGAGUCCAUACUGGAGAAAGGCCUUGGGAGUGCAGUGAAUGUGGAAAAUUCUUUAGCCAAACCUCCCACCUGAAUGACCAUCGGAGAAUCCACACCGGAGAAAGGCCUUAUGAGUGCAGCGAAUGUGGAAAAUUAUUUAGACAAAACUCCAGCCUUGUUGACCACCAGAAAAUACACACUGGAGCAAGGCCUUAUGAGUGCAGCCAGUGUGGGAAGUCCUUUAGCCAAAAAGCCACCCUUGUUAAACACCAAAGAGUUCACACUGGAGAAAGGCCUUAUAAGUGUGGUGAAUGUGGGAAUUCCUUUAGUCAAAGUGCCAUUCUUAAUCAACACCGAAGAAUUCACACUGGAGCAAAGCCUUAUGAGUGUGGCCAGUGUGGGAAAUCCUUUAGUCAAAAAGCUACCCUCAUUAAACACCAGAGAGUUCACACUGGAGAAAGGCCUUAUAAGUGUAGUGAAUGUGGGAAAUCCUUUAGUCAAAGCUCCAUCCUUAUUCAACACCGGAGAAUUCAUACUGGAGCAAGGCCUUAUGAGUGUGGCCAGUGUGGAAAGUCCUUUAGCCAAAAGUCAGGCCUCAUUCAACACCAAGUGGUUCACACUGGAGAAAGGCCUUAUGAGUGUGACAAAUGUGGGAAUUCCUUUAGCCAGUGCUCCAGCCUCAUACAUCACCAAAAAUGCCAUAACACAUAGAGGCCUCAUGAAUGCAGCAAAUGUGGAAGCGCCUUCAACUCAAGAUCUAUCAUCAUUUAGCUCCUGAAAGUCCACACUUAAGUAGAGCCUUAGACCUACAGGGAAUGUGCUGUCUCUGUAGUACUGUAGCAGUAGAGGGCCUUUGUGAGGGAGCCAUCUGCCUAAAGUUGAAACUCAUUCUUCCUUGUUUGUCUGGUAGAAACCAUCUACCCUCUGCCACCUUGCACAGUAGGCAUUGGUCACACUGAUGUGCUAAGGCAAGGCAGACAUUUGUGUGUUCUCUUAGUCUUUGGAGGAAAUCUUGAGCAAUCUAAGCCUUUAGAGAAAAUUCAUUCUUUUUUCUGACAGAUCACAGCAUACAUGUGACCCAGUUUUGGUCAGGAGGGCCCAGCCUUGGUUCUGCUGGACGCUUAUGUGCAAGGAUUCCCUUUAUGUAAAUUCUUGGUCUCACAUGACACCUGGUCAUUCUUCUAGCCUCCAAGUCACCACCUGGUGAAUGGCUGCCUCACAUUGCUCCAGUUUGUGCACUAAUAAAAGCCUUAUAUUUGAAUCUACUUGUAGUCUUGGGGUUUUGUUUACUGUGUGGGGUGGCUGGGAAACAGACUUCAACUCUAUAUGAAGGAAUGGACAGCUUUUGUGGGCCUCUGCAGGAGAAGUAAGAUGACGGAGUAAUUCUCAUUCUGGUUUUGGUCCUACUUGCUUUGCUACCUAAAAUCUAGGAAACAGUGCAAGGUUUUGGCUAUUCUUUGUGGCCUGGAUCCCUAUUCUUUCUGUGAGACUAGAGGUCAUCCUGAGGAGAGGCCAGCUGUUAUGACAAGCACCUGUGCUUCAGGGAAUAGGACAAUUUUAUUCCAUUGUUUCCAGAGGAUGUCAUAUGAUGCCCAGCGCUGUUGAGAUUUUCAUGGGGUUCUAUAAGGAGACAUGCCCUGAUAUCAAACAUUCCAUAGGCUGAUGUCGCUCAGAAGACAACGGGAGUCACGUAUGAACUGUAAUUGGUACAGAAAUACUGUACUCUGUGUACUGUAGCAAACUAGUUGGAAUGUGCCUCUUGUAAAAGUACAUUUACAAAUCUUUCCGUGACUGUGGCUUCGAGCAGUCAUAGGACCUAGAAAUCUCUGUAUGUCCAAUAACUUAGGUUAUUGUCAGCAAAAAUAAAGGUUUUUUUGUUUGUUUGUUUGUUUUGUUUUUAAUUGUUGACUUUCUAGGUUGUUCACCUCAAGUUCAUUGCUGUAGAGGUAGAAAAAGGAGGAUAAAGAUAAUAGAAGUCCUAUAGGCCAGGGAUAUAUUGAUAGGUCUUGUGAUUUCCACCAGUGUUGCUGUUGUCUCAAAUUGCCACAGCCUUCAUUGCUUGCCAACAUUUCCUGCACGGAGGGACGCAUGGUUGCCCUUCCCCAGGCCUGAAGAGAGAGUGCGGUCAACAUGAGAUUGCAAGGCAUUCUGGUUUUUGAAAGGUGGAAGAUCAGAUACUUUACUUUGAAACAUGUUUUACAAACUUUCUUGAUGUAUAAGUGAUGUGCCAUAGUUUACAUCCAUUUAUGGUGUAUAAUUUGAAGAGUUUGUCAUAUAAGCCUGUGAAACCAUCAUAAUCAUGAUCAUGAACAUAUUCCUGAUUCACCUUUUGUUGUUUUACAAUCUCUGCGUGCACUUUCCAGGCCUUCAGGAGUCCCGUCAUUUACUUUCCCUACAGGAGAAUAGUUUGUGUUUUCUAGGAUUUUAUGUGAAUUGAAUCAUAAAAUACUACAUUUUUCCUGAUGAUGCACAAUUUUUUUUUUUUUUUUUUUUUUUUGAGAUGGAGUCUCACUCCGUCACUAGGCUGGAAUGCAGUGGCGCGAUCUUGGCUGUCUCCAACCUCUGCCUCCUGGGUUCCAGCGAUUCUCCUGCCUCAGCCCCCUGAGAAGCUGGGACUACAGGCAUGCGCCACCAUGCCCAACUAAUUUUUGUAUUUUUAGUAGAAAUGUGGUUUCACCAUGUUGGCCAGGAUGGUCUCGAUCUUUUGACCUUGUGAUCCGCCAACCUUGGCCUCCCAAAGUGCUGGGAUUACAGGCAUGAGCCACUGUGCCAGCCGAUGCACAAUUAUUUUUAAGACUUACCAGUAUUGCUUAUGUGAAUAGUUCAUUUGUAUUGCUGAGAAAUAUUCUGUGGCUAUGUCAAAAUUUGGAUAAACAGCUGGAUGCUUUCCAGUUUUGGGCUGUUGCAAAUAAUGCUACUAUGAACAUAGGCAUAUAAUUCUUAAUAUGCAGAAGUGCUUUAUUUCUCCUGUGUUAGCAGUACAGUGUAUGUGAAUGCUUCACUUUUAAAGACACGACCAGACUAUAACCUGACUCUACCAUCUGCAUUCCCAUCAAUAGUAUGUGAAGCUUCCCAUUUCUCUACAUUCUUGCCAUGCUUGGUAUGGUUAGUCUUUUUAAUUUUAGUUGUUUUAAGCUGUAUAAUAGCAUCUCUCUGUGAUUUUAUUGCAUUUUUCUGGUAUUUUAUGGUAUUGAACACUUGAACAUCUUGUGUCAAGUUGCCACCUGUAUAUCCUCUUUGGAAGAAUGUUUAUUAAUGUCUUUUGCUUAUUUUUAAAUGGAUGUUGGUGAUAUUUUCUUUUUCAUUAAUAAAUAGACAUGUAUAACAAA